CGGCCAAUAGCCGCAGGGCGAGUCCAGCCGGGCGCUGUCCUCCGGGCCGGCCAGGAGCUGGGGGGGCUUCCCGCCAGCCCCUCUCACCGCUCCGACUGACCGUCCGCCCAGGGCCACAGCCGCCCCGGGAGGAGGAGGAGGAGGAGAAGGAGGAGAAGGAGGAGGAGGAGGAGGACGAGGACGAGGAGGAGGAGGAGGACGAGGAGAAGGAGCCCAGCAGGGGGACAGAACCCAGGGACACCCCGCCCGGGACGGCUUGAGGGCCCAUCCCCCAGGAGCAGCUGAGCCAUGGCGGAGGGUGAAAUCACCACGUUCACAGCCCUGAUGGAGAAGUUCGACCUACCCCUGGGCAACUACAAAAAGCCUAGGCUGCUCUACUGCAGCAAUGGCGGCUACUUCCUGCGCAUCCAGCCAGACGGUAAAGUGGACGGGACCAGGGAUCGGAGCGAUCAGCACAUUCAACUGCAGCUAAGCGCGGAAAGCGUGGGCGAGGUGUAUAUAAAGAGCACCGAGUCUGGCCACUAUUUGGCUAUGGACACCGAAGGACUUUUAUAUGGCUCAGCACCCAGUGAAGACUGCUUGUUCCUGGAGCGGCUGGAGGAGAACCACUAUAACACGUACGUGUCCAAGAAGCACGCUGAGAAGAAUUGGUUUGUCGGUCUCAAGAAGAACGGGAGCUGCAAACGAGGUCCCCGGACUCACUACGGCCAGAAAGCCAUCCUCUUCCUCCCGCUCCCCGUGGCGUCCGACUAGCCGCCUCUCCUCUCGGUACUGGGCCCUUCCAGAACCCCUAGAACCUGAGACACCCGCCUGUUGCCUGCCCUCCUGCUUCUCCCAAACCCACAAACCACCGCAAACCAUCAGGCUUUCAACUCUUCCUCCCUCAUCGGCCACUUUCCCUGUCCCAGGGCUGUUUGGCAGAGGUGGGUGGGUGAUCCUCAAGAUGGGUUCUCAGGCCAGUCUCUCCGGGGCCUACCAAAGGGCGAUCCGGAGGAUUCCCGGGGAAUCUCACAUUCAGAGCCACGUGUGAUUUCUCUCCUAUUGGGCCAACCAUCACUGACCAUUUCCCUAGACCCUGGGCCAAAAAUCCUUGUUCAACAUCUAGCCAUGCGGCAGGUGAGAACAGAACCAUUCUUAGUGAGAGGACAGGAGGGAGACAGUGAGAAAAACCGGGGCCACUGGUGGGCUGUGGGACAGUGGGAGCCAGGCAGCCCCAGAACUAGGGAAAAGCAGGACAGGACUGUUGAGGAGGAACAGCUUCUAGGGGAGGAAAGGAAAAAGGAGGGGCCGUCUGUGCUGAAGGAAGAAGGGAAAUCUCUUAGUUCCCUGACUGUUCCCAGAGUGCCUCGGGCCUGAUGGGAAGCAGAGAGAGGAGGGAGGGAGAAAAGAUGGGGGAACGGAGGGAGGCUAGAGAGCUCCUCUAAGGGAUGGAGCCCCAGAGUCACCGAUUGUGCUCUCAGUGGGCUGGGAGGAGAGAUUAGACACCACAACCAGAGACAGAGCGAGAGAGAAAGAGAGAGAGAGAGCGCGCGCAGAUUUGCCUGGUCGUGUCCAAGGAAGAUCAGUUACCAAGGCAACAGGGAUGGAGCGGGGGAGUCGGCUAGAGGAAAAGAGGGAUGUGAGAGCUGACACAUUCCCUGGCACAGCGAAGGCAAAACUCCUGAAACCUCACUGAUUAGAGAUGCCCCUGGAGAUGCUUCAUUCAUUCAUUCAAUCAUAUUUAUUGAGUGCUUACUGUGUGCAGAGCACUGUACUAAGCACUUGGAAAGUACAAUACAGCUAACAUGAAUGCCACCAAUUUCUCUCACUGAGUAAAAAUUUGGGUUCCAAUUAGGAAAACACACCUCUCACCCUAAGUAAACCUGCCCUAUAUUCCCAGUAAGGGAGAAACAGAGCCCAUCUUUGUCACAACUAAUACUGACAUCUUGUUCAUGUCUUUCGUGUGCCAUCUUCGUUCAUUGGGUGAAAAUGCAGGUAUUGCAAACACAUUCUGAAUUUCCACCUACAGGCAGUAGGCCAGUAAAGUUAGCUAGUCUGUUGUCCCCACCCUAAAUCCACGGAGGGGCUUCCCAGCCAUUGACCUUAUCUUGCCACCCAGACCCACUAAAAUGGUUAAUCCUGGGCAAGACUGGUCACUUUGGGUUUCAGAAGCAGAGUCACUCCAGUGAUUUCAGGAAGGACGUGUCAGCUGCGGACAGGCUUUGACCUGGCCUGCCCUGCAGCAGCUGUGACUGAGAAAGAAAGCUCUGGAAUGCCUGAGGGAAAGGGAGGGCCGAGAGCAUGCAGUGAGGUGGCUUAAAGUGAGGCGAGUUGCUGAGGUGUCACAUAAGGAGGUUUAGGGGGUAAAGAAUACAGCUCAGGAUAAGACCUCCUUAUUAGGUGUCUUGUGGAAAAGUUUAUGCUGGGUAAGGGAGGGAACAGAGCAGGGGAAGAAUUCAAGAGACUUAUAAUGGUUAACAGCUGAAGUUAGUUCAAGUUUAGCUGGGGCCUCUUGUUAUUGGCCCCAUUGCUCACCGAUGGGAGGGGUUGGUGGUCUCAGAGAGCAGGUCACAUGUCCUCCUAUGGGACCACCUGGAAGCUUAACCCUGGGCACCAGUGGCAGGGAAAGGGGAGAGUUGGGGCAUACUGAGUAAACCAGGGGAUGCACACUUGGGAGAGCCAGAAGGCACAUGAGACCACCAUGGUCGCACACCCAUCUUCUCCCCCUCCCCAAAUACGCCACGGCUCAGCUGGGAAGGAGAGGGUGCAGAGCACCAUUUGUAUUAAUGUUGGGGGUCUAGUUGUGCAUGGCGAGGAAGAGGAAUGGGCUAGGAGAUCAGAGACCUAAAAACACCACCUCAGGCCUCAGAUACCCCUCAGUGUGCAAGAGCUGCAGCUGGCAGAAAGGGUCCCCUUCCCUACAACCUUGCAGCCCUGCAGAAAGGAAGCAUCUCGGGAGCUAGGGGCAGGAUUUUCCUAUACAUAAGCUGGUGUGAUAUACUUCCAGAGUUCAAAUACCCUACGGGAUCGACAGGGUGCUGAGCGUUCGCUAAGUGCCAAGGUUUGGCUGAGCUGAGGCUGGGAUUACUAACUCCCCAUUCAGGCUACCGCUGAAUUGUGCAAUCAUCCGCUUUCCCUUGGGUACACUGUAUAUUUGUUUCUCUUCAGGGGUAGAGGGAGCGGCAAGGGUUCCGAUCACACUGAGGGAGAGCCGGUCUGACUGGGACCACCUGGCCCAGUAUGAUCCUCAAGCCCCUCGAAGGGUGGAUCAGCUCGGUCAGCCAUGCCCUUCCACCAACCGAGCCAGAGGCGUGCUCAGAGAGAUUCUACUUUCCAAUAGAAGCUGGGAAUUUCCAAGAAUCUAAUACCGAGUGAAGGAAGGCCUCUCUGUUCUCUCCCCCCGGGGAUUCAGACAUAGUCUGGUUUUGCAAAGCUGGAUGGCCGUCGUCCCAUCUCCCUCUGUGUUCGCUUUGCGUUUAGGUCAGAAACCCAAGAGAGACCUUGUGUAAUUCUACCUUCUGAUGAGUCCCUUGCACCUUCCUGGAGACCAAUAAAGGUUCCCUAAACCAUA